GAGAUUCCAUGGCGUAGAGAAGGACGCAAAUCAGAAGUGCAUGUGGUUUUCGAGGAGAUAAAGUGAUUGUUUGUCGUGUGACUCAAUAGUGCGAUACUGAGGAGAGUACCACAUGUGCACAGGUAGCUCUGCAGUUGACACUACGCUGUCGCUAUUGUAGUAGGUGACGCCAGCUGUGGAUACUGUAGUAUCUGUCUGGGCACGUGGAAAACAGAACACACUAUUAUUUUUCUAGUUGCCAACUGGGGCAGCCAUAGUAUUCUGUUUCUGAAUGGCUGACGAGACCCCGCUGACGCUCAGGACUCCACCGAUGUCUGAUGAUGAUGAUGUUGAAACACCACUUCUCGACGGGAAGACUGGUGACGGAGAUGAGGAUGCUCCUAAGGAUAAGUACUUGCUCACGUUCUGGAUCAUGUUCUUGUUUGGCGUGGGCUCACUGCUGCCCUGGAACAUGUUCAUAACAGCGGAGCAGUACUUCAGAGCUGAGCUGUCGCACUACGACAACCUGAGCAAGAACUUUGAAAACUACCUCAUCAUUGCCGCUCAAGUGCCCAACGUCACGUUUCUUUUCAUCAACGCCUUCUACAAGGAAUGGCUGUCGGAGAAAAUGCGCAUAUUGAUAUCGCUGUUGACAAUGCUGGCCAUGAUGGUUCUAACAGCCGUGCUAGCAGCACUUGACUCUGAUGAAUGGCAAGUGGCCUUCUUUGGUGUGACCAUGGCAUCGGUGGUCGUGAUGAAUGUUGCUUCAGCCAUCUUCCAGGGCGGUGUGUUUGGUAUGGUGGGGAGGUUCCCACCACGCUAUCGUACAGCUGUUAUGAGUGGUCAGGGACUUGGAGGCACGUUUGCUGCCCUGGCCAACAUAUUCUCCUUGCUUGGUGCCGGCGGUGCACAGCAACUGACCAAGGCGCAGCUGGAGAGAAGUGCUAUCGGUUACUUCAUGUGCGCUGUGGUUGUGAUCAUCAUCUCCAUUGUCGGCUAUGUUGCUCUGUACAAGCUGCCAUUUGCAAAGUACUACUCUAAAUCGCAAACAUCAGGAGGCGCAGGGCAGAAGAAACCGAAUUUCAAACUCGUGCUGAAACAGAUGUGGCCCAUGGCACUUUCUGUAGCACUGGUGUUCUUCGUAACGCUGAGCAUCUUCCCGGCCAUAACGGCGUCAAUCAAGUCUGUACGUCAGACAGACUCUAUGUGUAAUGCCACAUCAUCUGCGGUGAAUGGAACCAAUGGAACCUCAUCGAACACAAGCACCCCUACUGAUGACCCCAUAAGUGAAGCAGCACAGGCAUGGAUUUGCACAUACUUUACACCGGUCACUUGCUUCCUGCUAUUCAAUGCCAUGGAUUUCAUUGGUCGCACUCUGCCCACGGUUGUGAAAAAGCCCGGUCCUCGCUAUAUUCUCGUCCCAGUAUGCGCCCGUCUCCUCUUCAUUCCGCUCUUCCUCUUCUGCAAGUUUGACACGGGGUAUAAGCCAUACUUCAACAGCGAUGCCGCACCAAUCGUGCUGAUGAUGUUCAUGGCUGUGUCCAACGGCUACCUCGGAACUCUGUCGUUUAUUUACGCCCCGAGCAAAGUAGCGCCGGAGGAUGGAGAGACCGCUGGAGCAUUGAUGGCCGCUUUCCUUGGCUCCGGUCUGCUCAGUGGGACUCUGUUCUCGUUCCUGUCAGCCGGCGUUCUAGUAGAUGCGGUUCAAAAGCACCUACCCGCUGCAUAGCCUCUAGUGGCCCGGAGUGGAAGGCAUUACAAUCUCAGGGUGUUGGCUGUUGGGGUAGGCCCUUUACCUUGCCCAUGCAGACCAUGAGAAUCCGCCAAGGUGUCACAUUGCCGUGCUUGUUUUGCGUGUUUUUAAUUUUUUUUAAGUGCAUGCCUACACUAGUUUUGUUGGAAUGCUUUGUCAGUUGCGUCCACUGCUGGUGCUGCUGCUGCUCCUGAGCCUACCCUCUCUCGGGACGCAGAGCAGUUUUAAAGAACCAUGUCAGCCCCUGUCACAUGCUGGUCGUGGACAGCAGGAGAGCUGCAAUGUAGGCUUGAGGCUGUCCGCUUGACUCUGCUCCGUCUUCGCUGUUUGGCUUUCGGAAAGGACAGUGCUCCACCACUAGUUUUACUAUUUCUCAUAGCUGUUGAGUAUUAACUGGGUUUUUGAUCAUUCCUUUUAGUGGGCUUAUUUAUACUGUACACCUUCGCAAUAUAUUUCACAGAAUCUCUCAGCAGGAAGUGUGGCAAGAGUUGCGAUUUGACUACGGAACUCCCAUUCGUCAAUCUGCGCAUUUCCUCUUCUGAAUAUCUCGCAUUCUUUUUUAGUGAUCAUUGCAACGUA